GGCACAAUAGAAGCAGAAGAUGAUCUAACCAUGAUAUGUUGUAAAUAUCAACUGCACUAAUGUGAGGCAAAUUUUGUAGCAGCCAGGGGCGGACUGACAACUUAUGGGGCUCCCCGGGCAAUAGGGGAUCAUGGGGCCCCUAUGUCCUUGCCCAAACUCAAAAAAGCCUAUGAAAAAGGUACCAGGGGAAUCUCGUGGGGCCCCCUACUGACCUCGGGCCCUCAGGCAGUGCCCAAGUUUCCAAAUGGUCAGUCCGCCCCUGUGUCCACACUAAAGAUGCCAGUGCUGGGGACACAGGAUGGCCGAUGAAGUCAGCCAGUGUGAACAAACAGCUGGAUCGAGGAACUGGUGAGUGUCUGUUUUUUAAAAGUCAGAAGCUACAGGUUUUUUUUUUAUUUUAUUUUU